AGCUUCAAUGUGUGUAUUGUCCCUUCCUAUAUAUAUAUACACUGAAACAUAUGUUCUCCAUUCAAACAUUUUUGUCUCAGACAAAAGCAUCUGAACACACUCAAGAACAUAUAUACAUCCCCACCAAACAAACAAAAAUAACCAUGGAAGUAAAUCAAGAAGCUUCAUCAAUGCCAGUAGUUCCCAUAGAUAGUUUCUCUUACAGUUGGGUAGUUAACUGUCCUUCUUUAGAAGAUUCCAUUGAUGAUUAUCAUCAAACCUACGAAGAUUCUUCUUCUUCCUUCAUAGAGAUGGAUCCAAGAUUGCCUCCUUCGAGAAGAUUCUUCAUCAACAAAUCCCAUGAAAGUAGCUUCAAGUUCGAUAACUUCGUCUCUUUCUCCGACGAAGAUCACUCUUUAGUUCACGCCGACGAGCUUUUCCGCGACGGCUACGUCAUGCCUUAUCUAUCAAAAGCCACGUCAGCAGCUACGGAAGAAGAAUAUGAGCCGUUGGACAAGAAAACGGAGAAGAAGAUGGAGACACGUGACAUUAAGAGCAAGUCUCCUUCUUCUUGUAGAAAGUUGAGAAGAGUUUCGAAAUGGGUUUUGUUGUUAUUGACGCCACUGUGUAAGAGAUUAAGGAGAUGUAGAACCGCUGGAUCAUCCGGAGGUAUCGGUAUCGACUCUAGGAUCCGUGUAACGACGUUGUCUAGAAGCAGAGUUCAUUCUGAUGAAAUGACUUCGUCGCCAAGAAUAAGUGUUGCAGAUGAUUAUUAUUGGAGAAGGUCUUGUGACUCAGAGAGCUCCAUUUACGAAGCCGUUCUUCAUUGCAAGAAAUCUUUCGAGAAAUGAGACUUAAGAAUCCAUGGAAAAGGAGCGGGUAGAGUAGAGAUGGAGAAUAUUAAGAAGAAUAAGCAAAUUACAUUACACGUUACUCAUGGAGUGGGAAAGAGAGAGCAACUUGUGUCGUGUCUUUUUGUUGUUUCUCUCUCUUGAAUUAAAGAGAUUGAUGUGAUGAUUCCAUGUGAAUGUGUCAUCUGAUUUGAAUCAAGAACUUUUUUUUA